GCCAGAAGCAGUCAGUGGGAUGGGACCUGCUCACCGCUCUCCUCCCGCUCCUCUCUGCAGGAUCAGCAUAUUAUGACAACGUCCGUCCCUUGGCCUAUCCGGACUCGGAUGCUGUGCUCAUCUGCUUUGACAUCAGCCGCCCAGAGACCCUGGACAGUGUGCUGAAGAAGUGGCAAGGGGAAACGCAGGAGUUCUGCCCCAAUGCGAAGAUUGUGCUGGUUGGCUGCAAGCUGGACAUGAGGACAGACCUCAACACACUCCGGGAGCUGUCCAAGCAGCGCCUCAUCCCAGUGACACAUGAGCAGGGCAGUGCGCUGGCACGGCAGAUUGGGGCAGUGGCCUACGCAGAGUGCUCCUCCAAGGUCUCGGAGAACAGUGUACGGGACGUGUUUCAUGUGACCACACUUGCCUCGGUCAACAGGGUGCACAAGAACUUGAAGCGCAGCAACUCCAAACGGGGACUGAAGCGGGCGUCACAGAUGCCUGGCAGGACAGACUUACUGAGUGACACAGAGAUCAGGAAAGACCGAGCCAAGAGCUGCUCCAUCAUGUGA